UGCUCAAAAUUAGUAGCUACAAAAAUAGAAACAACAGCAGGGCACAGACGACGAGUUUGGAGACAAACAUGCAAAGUGCAUCACUCUAGGAGUCGCGAUGCUAUCAAAAAUUCUACGUAAAUAUGGCACUCUGAACCACUUGUUCGGCAAUCAACAUCCCCAUAAUGGCCAACCCCGUAAUCCGUGUUCCCAGUGGAAACUGGGAUGUAGCAGCAAGCCACAGAUGCAUCGUCGAGAACUCCACGAUUGGGAUCGCAAGAGUGCGGCUUACGAUCAGCGUCGAAAGACGAUUCCGAAACUGGUCUAUUUGCACAAUCCGUGGAAGUACCUGGUGACCAAGUUCAAUCUGUGGAAGCUUAAGUGGCUCUGGGAUCGGGAGUUCAGUGAGCCGGACUUCUUGGAGGGCGCCAAGCAGGCGGCCAUCGUCAUGACGGACAUAAUCCGGCAGCAGAGUGCGGACAAGAUCAGCGAGUACACGACUCCGGUGGGAUUCCAGCAGAUCACCCGAGAUAUGCUGCUCUCCCGGAACGAUACACGCCUCCAGCUGGUCAGAUUCGAAAGGGAACAUCUGCGGAGAGCGAUUCCCAUGAAGGUUGCCACGCGGCAGAACUUCGGCAGGAAGUACGCUUUUAUAGACAUGCUCUUCGUGGGUCUGCGGAACACCAAGGAUUUCGAUACGGCCAGCGAGGUGGUGGAGGUCAACGAGAUUAUCCGCCGGAUGGACAACGAACUGAAGACCCCACCGGAAGUUGUGGCAGUUCCACAUCGAAUAGUUUUCGCUGAGAUCUUCAUCCGCUUCAGGAGAGACUACACUGCUGAUACGCAAAGAGGAGUUAACCUAAAUAAUCCUCAUGCUCAGAGCUUUCCCUUUAAUAAUGCUCCCACAAGCCCAUCGCCCAUUGCCAAUUCUAGGCCACUCCAAGAACCUUUCAUACAAUCAGCUAUAGAUCCCAUAAGAUCCACCCAAAAUCCGGCUACGGCUGCUGUGCCCAUAACGGGAAGAAUCGCACCCCGCAUGGAUGAUGUGGGCUGGUCGGUGUCGUUCUACAAGAUCCUGACCUUUGACGUUCUCAACUACGAUCCCCACCACAAAAAACACCAUCAGUCCCACGAAAAGCCUUGAAUGUUAUUGUGAUCUUUUAUCAGUUUUCUCCUGGAAAUUUAGAGCUUCAGUCUGGAAAAAUUUGUAUAUGAAAAUUCAAGAUAACAAUAAAAACAAUCUUUGCCUCUU